AUGGAAUACGAGAACAUAGAGAGCGAGGCAGGUCGUGAUAAGACUUGGCUGAUGACAUGCAAGUAUACAAGUACGGCGCCCGUCGAUGGUCGUUGCAGGUCGUCACAGUUCUGGGUCUGCCCCAGGGACUCGGUGAUUGGAGGCCCGCUUGGACACAAGUAUGUCUUGCCGCGGAAUGCCACCCUGGGGACUUCCCUCAAGUUGCCGGGUGACGGCGGUAAACUGGACUUCAUGUUUAUGAAGCUGAAGGUGUACUCCGUCUACUGUGUCCCUGAGGGAGAGGUUCCUGGUGGGUGGGUGAAAGCUACAGUGCCGAGCCUAAAAGAUGUGUACGGGGGGAGCAUCAAGGAAAGCCAGCUCUAUUUCCUCCUGUCCUAUGAGGGAAAGGAGCAGGAGUUGCACAGACAGCUCCCCACCUUGUCUGCGGACGAGGUCGAGAAGAGCAUGGUUGUUUUCAACCCUUUCAACGGGCGGUGGGGUCUUGCUCGACUCAGAGAUAUGUUUAUCGCACCCGAGCCGUACGGUGAGUGGCCCACCGGCAUGCUCAUUGAGGGGCUUCUGUGGGUAGAGGCUGCUUUGCUAACAUUCGGCCCCGUCUACCCCAAGGUGUUUUCCCGCCCUGGGUACAAGGAGCUACUGGCGGCUGAACUCACUGGGCCCCCCAUCUUGUAG